AUGGUCUUCAAGAUACUGUUCCUCUUUGCGAUCUUUCUCUGCGAGGACCAGUACGACUUCAGCAAGGCGCAGGUUGCGGCGCCAGCGAGCCAAGGCGAGACAACUUUGGCAUUGGCACAGGCGCGGAAUCAGGACCCUGGGCAGGAAACAGCUGCAAAGGGUGUUUGGUGUCCUACAAAGCCAUCAUUCGAGAGAUCAUCAAUUUCUACGCUUGGUAGCUGCAGAGAUGGCAGAAUCAGAUGUAGAUUGGAGAUGCACAGCUUGCUGGAGGACAAACAAGGCCAAUACAUCGAAGUGCGCUCGGUGCGGCAUCAAAUGGACGCAUGGUUGCGAUCCAAACUAUGCAGCACACCUCGGAAGCGCAAUGCGGGUGGCAAGAAAGAGAAACACGCCCAGUACAGCGCGCCGGAGGUGGAGCCGCCAUGGAAUGCAAACUAUUCGGGAGGACCAUCAGCCUCUACAGUUGGAGAAGAUUCUUCGGCAGUUCAGGAGAAGUUGGUCAUUUUGGCGACAGCGGUUCAGGAGUCCAAUGCGGCAGUGAAUUCCACUGCAAGGCAGAUUGUGGAGGAGUAUUCCACACCGGUGCCGACGGCCAAGGGAUUGAAAGCAGCGGUGGACAAGAUGGACAAGGCGCGCAAAAAAUUGAAGGAUGCGGAGAAAGCGAGACUGACGAUGCAUUCUUCGUGGAGAAAAUACAUAGCAGACUCCUUGCAAAGGCGGACGCAGUUUGCAGAAAAAUUUGGCCGAGACGACCAAGAGCUUGCAGAUCGUGUUCGAGCAGCAAGAGAGAAACUGCAGAAAACGAAAGAAGAUGUGGAUGCCAAGAAAGCUGCACUAGAGGAUCACGAUGGGGAAGACCACAUCGACAUCUCCGACGAGGACAUGGCGGAGAAGGUGGACAGCUCCGAGAACAUCCAAAGCAGCCUCACGCACAUGGUGGAGAAUUUACUCGCUAUGAAGCAACAGGCGGACGCAGCGAUCAUAGAGGCGAACGAGAACAAGGCGAAGAGGCAGCGCACAGACAACAACGGGGAUGGAGAACUUCCUGCUGGGGGCGGAUUUCAUCAGGUAACCUUUGCAAAGUAUGUGGAGUUCUAUGUGGGCUUUGAGGACACCGAGCACUAUGUGAAGGAGACCUAUGCGGCGGAGAAUUUUAACCAUCAAGUACACCUUCGUGAGGUCACCCAAAGACUCUUCGCUGGAUCUGAGAUGAAUCUAGAGGACGAAGAAGCCUCUGAUGAAGUCUCAUGGAUGUCUGCAGGAGUUCAACAAGACCAAGGUGAACUGCAACCUUUUUUGAAUCGCGAUGCGACAAGGGCAGUCGACAUGCCAGAAGUCGCGCGCCAAGGAGAUGAAGUAGAGAUGGAGAUUGAGGCAGAGAUUUCACCAUCAGACCCAGAGGAUGGCAGUGGAUCCGAGACUGACUCCUCUGAAGGGCAAGAGGAACGACAUUCCACUUUGGCAUAUUUCAUGGAUUAUGACCCAGUGCAUUGCCGACCUCGAUGGCGAACCUAUGAGCUGCUUCACCAAGACAUUGCGUAUCAAGCUCGAAUGAGUCACCACGACGUGAGUAGAAUCAACAUUGUAGGGCAUCCUCCAGAAGAUCUACAAAUGGCAAGUGCGAGACCAGUCAUUGUGCAGCAGCCGCAAGAUGUGACAGAAGGGUCCACAUUUCAAUUGAUUCUUCUGGAUGUGGAGUUCCACAAUGCUAUGCCUUCUCUGGAAGCAGAGACAGUGAGGAGAGCGAAGCUUCUGCCAAAAACUAUUUCACGCAAAGCACUGUUGGCCGUUCUUGGGCUUCAACCUUUCUGCACUUAUGCAAGACAGGCAUGUCUCAUGUGGCACAACCGGAAGCCAGUGAAGAUGCAGGGCAGAGCACUUAUUGAUCUGCGUCAUGGGGACUAUUUGAAGAUCGUGGUCCCUCCAGGAAGAGGUGAACUUCGCAAGUACUACACUCGAGAGGUGGCGCAAUGCAUGCGACGUGGCUAUCGAGCAUCCAACAUUCCAGUUAUCCUCGAAGCCAAUCCUGAAGGAAUUGACGUGACAGACAUGCCGGUCUAUGACACGUUCGCCUAUGUCCCCAAGCCAGAGGACCUAGACUAUGACAAGGAUGCCAUGGCACUGUUCCAAAUGCCAGGCUACCAUGUUCCGCCAAUGGAUCCGUGGCCCAACUUUCUUACCAGAUCGUGCGAGGCGCCCAUUGAGGAGUUCAUUUACAACCUCAAGGUUGGAGAGCGAGAUCGACAAGAGGCACGCUCUUAUGAAACCUCCAACGGGACGCAACCAGAAGUAGGACGACCGCAGUUAGCUUUUGGCAAUGAACAGCACUUUCUGCAAGAAUUUUUUCCAGUGUGGCAUCAUUUUGCGGCUGUGGAACGUGAGGAUGAAGGGAGAAUCCUCUAUGCACGAACAUGGUACUCAGACCAUGACCGUUUCCCAGCGUGCGAAGUUUCUCGUUCAGCAAGGUUGACAUCAGAUAUCUCUAGCUGGUUAGAUGCCCUAGCAGAGACGUGGGAUGACCGAGUUGAUCCAGAUGUAGAACUCGACUUCUACCUCAUCGUACCAAGACCCAGAGGCCCGACAGAUGUAGGAGACCCAGCAGUUCCGCAUGUUCUUAUUGUGCAACACCCCCGACAUGACAGCAGAAGCGUACACGUCUUUGCGGUGGAUGCCACGGAUGCGGGAACGACAGCAAGGUCUUUCGUCACGGUCAUGCCCUUUCCCUUGCGGAAAAGUGAUUUUCUGGACUUGCUUGGCAUUCGAGAUGAGACUUUCAUUGAGAGCUUGGUGGAUUGUGCAGUUUGGCAUGGGAUGUUGAACUUGAUCAUGCGCAACAGUACAAAUCAGGACGAACCAGUGAUGCAGACCGGUAUGGUAGCUGUUAGAGUGAAGUGGCUGGCAUCAAACCAACCAUCCCCAAGCUACAUCACACUUUCUGCAGAGGCUACACAUGAUGAUGCGGCAGCAGAAUUAGGGUGCUGGGGACUGAAGGCUCUCCCAGUGAUAUGCAAUGAAUGUGGAGUGGUCGUCUGCCUGUCGGCAGAACCCUGCGAAACAUUGCAUUAUGACUAUGUCUUUGCGAACACAGCAUUUCAAGGGGGAAGCAAUAUGCAGGAUGUCAUCGUGCACACGGACAGGAAAAAGUUGCAGAUCAACGAGCUUAUGAGUGUUCUUUAUCAACUUGGAUUCUGGCGAGCCAUUAUUGAAUCUGAGGAGGAAAUCUAUCCCUCUGUCUUCAAGGUUUGCUUUUUGGACCAAGUUGUUACGAUCAACGAAAAGCCUCACAAGCCCCAGAAGAACGUCGACUGGCCGAAGCCACAACCAACUGGUGAGCACACCAGACAACCGUUCUUCCAUGAUCCAUCCCACACAGAAAGUGAACAGCUAGUCGAUCUGGGAGUGCAGACCAGCGACCUGCAUGAGCUCUUUCUUUCACAUCAAGACAUACUUUGUCCAGACUUUGAAGGAUAUGAGCUACCUGAGGAGCUACAAGUUGCAGUUGACCAAUGUGACCCCAGCAUCACAAUGGAGGAGAUCGACAGACUACUGGUCUACACUGACGGCUCUUCUCUGGGCUCGGUCAAGCAUGCGCCACCUCUGAGGGCAGAAGAAGAUGGGACAGGAGACACGUGGGCUUAUGUCAUUGUUGGCGAGAGAUACGCGCCUCCAGGUAUCAAGUUCAUUGGAUGGACAGCACAACAAGUACAUUAUGAUUCGACAAGCAAUGCCCAUCUUGGGGCAAAACGCCUUGGCGCAGACAUUGCGGAGAAGGAAGCACUCUCAUGGGCCGCCUUAUGGCGGCUGAGUUUCAACCAAAAGACUCCUACCUGCUUUCGUUCCGACUCGAGAGUGGCUCUGGGACAAGCAGCAGGGACAACGGGAGCAGAGGAGAUGGAUGAGACCUUUGCCUUCUUGCGAGGGGCAUUUCAAGCUAUUGAGGCAGCGCUGGGAAGAGAUGGAGUCCAAUAUCAACACGUCCCUGGGCAUGCUGGGGAAGCAUGGAACGAAAUCUGUGAUUGGCUUGCGAAAAGAGAGCGCCAGCGCAGCUUUUAUUGUCCAAGGCCACGAAUGGACAUGCGAAAAUGGAAAGCCGCCAUGAGCCACCUUUGGCUCAUUGUCGGACAACACGCUGAUCUUCCAAGAUUUUGCGGGAAAGGACUUCAUGCACCAGCUCCACAAUUACCUCAACAACAUGCUCCAGCAGAGAGUGAAGACACUAGAGGUCAGACAACCACACAGCAAUGGGACCUCAUGGAAUUCACUGUCAGUGCUUGUAGCGCCAACGUCAAUUCCCUCAGUGGAGCCCCAGAAGGGCAUGGAGGACGUUUGGAUUACCUGAGGUCUCAGUUUGCUAUGCUUGGCUUCAACUUCCUGGGAGUCCAAGAGUCCAAAACUCCUGAAUUUCACUCUUGUGUGAAUCAAGUUUUGAGGAUGAGUUCAGGCCCUGGGGACUAUGAUGGAGUUGCAGUGCACCAAACUGGCUUUGCGACUUCAUCUGGUACAUCACUGCUACGUAGUUUUGCAGAAGAACAAGGUCUUUUCUUUCCUUGCACUACGACAGCGCAUGUGGGCCCCACUGAAACAUGGACGGACCCAACAGGAGAGAAGAGAUACUGCAUUGACUAUGUCUUGUUGACUCAUCACUUCAGUGGUCAGUGCCAGGUAUCACGUGUUGUGGAGGAGUUUGAUUUGGGCAGAACAGCUUGGGACCAUGAGGCGACAGCGGUUGAACUUCAAUGGCAAGAGUGGCUACAACGCAGGUCAAGAAUCAGCCCUGAUGGCCUUGGGUUUGACCCUGAGCAGAUCAACGGCCAAACAGUCCAUUCAGUCCUCUCCACUUAUGCACCACCCACAUGGGAGACCAAUAUCGAAGACCACGUGGGCGACUUCAACAAGGUUCUCUUGCGUGGUUUGCGACAGCAUUGUCCACCGCCCCGCAGGGGGCCAAAAAAGGCCUACAUGACGGAGCAGAGCUGGCAACUACGUGGGAACAAGCUGAAGUUCAAGAAGCAGAUCCAACAAUUGUUUCGCCGGCAGCGAGAUGAAAGGAUGAUUUUCUUCUUCAAGCCCUGGAGACACCGUAGAACUGACCAGAAGGUUUGGGAAGAGUACCAGUCCUACAACGAGUAUCUCUGGAGAGCCAACUUUAAGUUGGUUGGGCAACAUCGCAAAGCAAUGCUGCAGUUGCGGCAGCAUUUGAGCAAAGCCAAACAAGAAACGAUCAGGAUGAAGUUUGCAGAGAUGGAUCCCAAUGCUCCGGCCAGUGCAAUUUUGCAUGAGCUCAAACCUCUCUUAGGUCCCUCCAAUCUCACAAAACUCAAGGUCUCGCCGCUGCCACAGAUACGCAAUGCACAUGGAGAAGCUUGUUGUCUUCCCAAUGAGGCAGUCGAAGCGUGGUUGGAAUUCUUCAGGCAAAUGGAAGGUGGCCCGGUGACAGAUGAAAUGGUGAUGCAUGUGGGGCGCAAGUUGGGGUUCACGGAGGAUCUUCUUGAGGAGCUCUACAAGCAUUUGAGUGAGCCGGCGGCGAUUGCGGAAGCGAACUUGCCGAAGCACAUGCAGAUUGCCAUCACCGCGUUGCAUGAGGACACGUUCUUUACGGUGAAAGGACAAGGUGACGUCUGCAGGACGACGUUGGGGUCGAGGCCGGGCGACUGCUUUGCAGACGUCAUAUUUUCGUACUUGUGGGGGCGAAUUCUCCGACGUCUACAAGCUACGCUCACAGACAUGCAGAUUGACGACAAGAUCCCUGCAGACACAGGCUUGAGUCUGUCGGGCCCGCAAUCAGAGCCUUCUCGGUCCUUCUUAGGGCCGACGUGGAUGGAUGACACAUGCGUCUGCGUUUCUGAUCCAUCACCGCAGAGACUUGAGGCCAAGAUCCACCAGGCAACGGGAAGACUUCUAGAUCUCUGUGAAACUCAUGGGCUUUCACCCAAUUUGAGCCCGGGGAAGACAGAGGCACUCUUAGUCUUUCAAGGACGCGGCUCAAGGCAGAUGCGCAUCAGAUACUUUGGGCCCACCUCAGACAGAUCUUUGAAGAUCAUGGGAGAAAAGGGAAUCAUGAAAGUGAGGGCAGUAGCUCAAUACACGCACCUGGGCUGUGUCAUUCACCAUCAAUCUGAUCAGAGGAGAGAAGCUCGCAGACGUAUUGGGAUGGCACAUCAGACGUUUACGCAGCACAGACGUCAUCUGCUGCAGAAUCCAGUGUUGUCCAUGCAGCAAGCACAGGCGAAUGAGGAGCUUCAGGAGGCAGCACGGCUUGAGGAACAGCACGCCUGUAUGAGUUGUCAACAAACCUUCAGGAGCAAAGGAGGCUUGGGAGCACAUCUCUUCAAGAAACAUGGCGUGAUCUCGCGGCUUCGACUCCUUUUCGACACGACGUGCUGUGGGGCUUGCCUGCGAGAAUAUCACACGUACAGCAAACUACAUGCACAUCUUCGACAUGCAGCAGCUUGCCGAGAGCAACUAUGGGGGAGACGCCAGCGGAUGGCACCUGUGGCGGGCAAAGGCUCUGUGGAAGAUCGAGAGCUGUGCAACGUGCAUGAUGGCAUACUUCCUCCCCUUCAAGUAGAGGGACCUUGCAUUGCAGCAGGAGCGGCAGUGGCGCUACCAGAACAUGAUCUAUGUCUGGCUGAAACCAUUUACGAGAAGGUCUUGGAACGUGGCGAAGCAGAGGAUAUUGACUCUGUAAUCCUUCACUCCAUCCGGGACUAUGUCAUCAUGUGGGCCUCGUGUAAGGCCACCCUGGGCUAUCUCAUCGAGAACCUCACGGAGCAGGACCUGGAGAUCCUCAACCUGGGGGAGUAUGACAUGGUGGAGCGCUUGCGGCAACUGCAAAGGGCGGAAAGCUGGCCUUUUCUUUGCUUGACCGGGUCCAGACCAAGGCACCGAGCCUCAACUAUGACCCUGGCAGAGAUGGAGCAGCAAUGUCUGGACGCUGUCGAAGCAGCCAGUACACGACAGAGGUUAUGGGGGGUGCCCAGACCGAUGGCAAAAGAGCGCUUCAUUAUCCACGCAUUUUCAGGCAGACGCAGAGCCGGAGAUUUUCAACAUUUCAUCGAGCUCAUCCAGAAGGACUACCCGAAGAUGCUGGUGCACACCAUUUCCGUUGACCUGAUGGUGGACCCUACAUGGGGAGACGUUUCACAACCCAAGGUCAGGGAUUUCUGGCUGAGGGCAGUGAAGCAAAGGCAGGUGGUCGGCGCUCUUGCCGGCCCGCCGUGCGAAACCUGGUCCCAGGCCUGUGGUAAGGAAUUGCCUUCGGACCCCAAGGGACGUGCGAAAAGAGGCCCCAGGAUCGUGCGAGACCUGGCUGACCUUUGGGGUCGUGCGGCCCUGGCGUUGAAAGAAGUUCGCCAGCUGGAUGUGGGCAACCUCUUGCUUUUAUUCACGCUGGAGCUCCUGAUUGAGUUGGCGCUGGCGGAUGGCGUAGGUGGGUUGGAGCAUCCGGCACCGCCGGCCGAUGAGACAAAGGCGAGCAUCUGGCGGCUUCCGCUGCUUCAGUUCAUCAUGGAAUGGCCAGAGUUUGAGACCCUCGAUAUCUCUCAAGGACUCUGGGGAGCCAAGAGCAGGAAACCCACCAGACUCUUGCUUCUCAACCUGAAGAAGAUGGUCCCGGAGCUCCGCCGCUGGCAGCUGACCGGCACUUUGCCGACUGGAGUGAGUAUUGGUCUCACUGAUUCAGGCGAAUGGGCCACCAGCGCAUUAAAAGAGUAUCCACCGGCCUUGUGUGCAGGAUUGGCGAGUGGAUUUCUCUCAUCUCUUCAGGAACAUCCUGUGGAGGAAGGGGUCGAGAUUGAUGGUAUCUUCCGGAAGCAAGCACUUGCGAUGGUAAUCACGCAAUAUGGUGCUGGAAUUGGCCCGGAUUUUGCACAGUAG